AUGGCGCAGCUUGGCUGGAAACGAUACGGAAGGCUACGACAGCUCGCCAAAGACGGCAACCAGGACGCCAUCGUACUUGUUCAAGAAGGCGGUGUUCCAUCAGACCUACGCGGCUGCAGAGUCCUCGCAGCUGCUGGGGACGAGGACGCAGAGCAGCACCUCGAGGCGGUCCAAGAGCAGAACCGCGCUACCCGGGCAAGCCACGAGUCCUCCAGCAGCGAUGAUUCAGACUACGUCGCGAGAUUGGAAGAACUAGCCAGCAAAGGCAACAAAGACGCCAUCGACAUUCUGAAGCGCAGUCACACACCAACGUUCAGGGCGGCGUGCGUACUCUUCGCAAGCCUAGGGGACGACACAGCAAUUCAAUAUCUUGCGGAAACACAGCCAAACAAGCGAGAGCAGCACCAGGAAAAUGUGGCGAAACGCACUGCUGGUGAUGCACGUGCAAUCGCCACGCACAAGCGGGCCAUGGAGAGGCAACGACGCAAGAGGGCGGAAGAGAAGAAGAAGGUAGCAGCUGGCGAUCCUGACGCUAUCGCGAGACGUGACAGAGUCCUAGCGAACGCUCGAAGUUGGAACGCAAGACACGGGGGUGCAGAGUACGGAAAAGCAAGAACCGAAGAGCGCAGAAGACAGCGUGGUAUCAAGUUUGUCGAGGGCUUUGACUGGGUGAGUCCAGAGAGGAGUGAAAGCGGUGAGGGUCAGGAGAAUAGCGGCGAGGCUUCACCAAGAUCAAUGGAGACGGAUUCGAGUACUCCAGGAGAUACCGCGCAGGCCACGAAGGAAAGCUACGACAUCGUCAAUACGAACAUGCAUGCUCUCGACAGCAUCGAGCCUCGCAGUUACACCACCGAGUACACUAGCCAAACCAUCAGGAUCAUGGCGGAGAAAAAUUGCGCGAAGCUGGAGGCGGAUCUGAAGUUCAGAGCGAAAGAGCUAGCGCUUGAGCUGCAGAAGGUGAACCUGGAGUUGGAGCUGGUGCGUCUGAGGCGGGAGCAAAUGAAGGACGAGCAGGACGCCCCAAUGGCUGAUGUCACCGAAGAAGGUGCUGGCUUGGCUUAA